GACAAAGGCGCCAACUUUGAACACUAAAGAGUCUUUCGCGUAUACUUAAGUGAAGAUACAAGGAAAGAAAGAAAGAAGAAAAAAAGAAGAGCAACAGAGAAUGAGGAGGAAGAAGAAAAGGAAAAUCAUGAGUGACCCAGAGCAGCGAAAGGUCCAAACAAACGGAAUAUGGAUGAACAUAGCAGAGCAAGGAAGUGGGCCUCUUGUUCUUCUUCUCCAUGGCUUUCCACAGCUUUGCAUCUCAUGGAAUUACCAGAUAACUGAACUGGCCAAACACGGUUUUCAUGUGGUUGCACCUGAUAUGCGAGGCUACGGUGGUACAGAUUCUCCCCCCAAUCCUGCCUCCUACACACUCUUCCAUCUCGUAGGGGAUCUUAUUGGCCUUCUCGAUGAACUUGGCCAAGAACAGGCUUUUGUGGUUGGGCAUGACUGGGGAGCUGAGGUCGCAUGGCAUCUAUGUCUCUUCAGGCCGGACAGAGUCAGAGCCCUCGUAAACUUGGGCGUCCCUUUUCGCCCACGCUCCCCUACAGCCAAGCCCGUUGAGUUGAUGAGCCACAUGUUUGGAGAAGGAUUCUACCUCUGUCAAUACCAAGAGCCAGGGAGGGCAGAACUAGCCUUUGCUCGUUAUGAUUGUUUGACUGUUCUGAAAAAGCUUCUACUACUGGGUGCACCUGAUCUUCUCACUGCUCCUUCUGGUGUUGAGAUCAUUGAUUUUCUCGACACCCCAGCAUCACUCCCACCAUGGAUUACAGAGGAAGAACUCCGACGUUCUGCCAGCAAGUUCCAAAGCUCCGGCUUCACUGGCCCUUUGAACUAUUAUCGAGCAAUGGACAAGAAUUGGGAGCUUCUUAAACCAUGGCAAGGAUCAAAAAUUACAGUUCCGACAAAGUUUAUAGUUGGCAAUAAGGAUGUUGGGUUUCAAGCAUUCGGCAUGAAGGAGUACAUAGAGGGAGGAGAAUUCAAAGCAUUGGUACCAAACCUUGAAGUUGUUAUCAUCGACGGUCACCAUUAUAUUCAACAGGAGAAGGCUGAAGAAGUCACUCGUGAAAUUCUCUCCUUUUUCAGUUCUUUCUCUCCCAUGUAACUGAUUUCUUUCUUGGAUAUCUUGGCGUUGUUUGUUAGAAUAUAUUGCUUUGCUCUUGCUCCUUGUUAAA